GCCGCCUUCAACUCGCGCCGAUUGGAACACGAGCCUACAUGCCUAAACGACACCCGAGUAGACCUCCUUAACGACAUUAUGCGCUGGUCGGAUAAUCCCGACGAUGCAUGCAUCUUCUGGUUGAAUGGCAUGGCUGGCACCGGAAAGUCCACCAUUGCGCGUACGGUUGCUCACAAGUGGGACCUCGAGAGGAGACUUGGGGCAAGCUUCUUCUUUACGAAAGGUCGGGGUGAUCUGGCCAACGCUUCGAAAUUCCUCUCCACCCUCGCCUACCAGCUGGCACGUGCGCGGUCCCACGAUGUCUCCGGCCUUGCCGCUCACAUAAGCAAGGCUAUAUGCGACAACCCCGAUAUCCUCAAACAAAACCUUAAAGAGCAGUGGAAAAAUCUCAUCAGUCAACCACUCUCUCAGCUGAAUGAUGUACCACCUCAAUCAUUAUUACUAGUCGUCGAUGCGUUGGACGAGUGCGCCGGGGAGAAAGAUACCGAACUGCUCCUUCAACUGCUUUCUCAGGCAAAAGCCCUCGGCCCCGUGCGGCUGAGGGUUUUCGUAACCAGCAGACCGCCAAUUGCGAUUCGCUUCCGUCUCAGCGGUAUAGAGAGCACUGCCUAUCGAGAGAUCAUCCUUCACGAAAACCCCGAGUCCGUCAAUCCCGACAUAUCCACGUUCCUCCGACACGAGUUCGACACCAUCCGGAUGAAUUGUGACCUACCCGAGGGGUGGCCGGACAAACCAAGCCUGGAUAAUCUCGUUCGGAAAGCAGGAGGACUAUUCAUCUAUGCUGCAACGGUGUGCCGCUUCAUCGGGGACAUCGACGAAGACCCGGAAGAACGUCUCACUUCCGUGUUGAGUGACGAAACUAUGGAGCACGGAUCGUCAACGCAACAACUCAAUUCGAUGUAUACCACUCUCUUAAUAAGCGCAGUGGUCGAAGGUCGCGAGCCAGAGAAGAAACCGGAACUCUUAAGGCGAUUCAAAAGGAUUAUUGGAUCUAUUGUGAUCCUUUUCGACGCCUUGACUGCUGAUGCUCUUGCUGGGCUCUUGUCCGCUAAACUGUGGAAAGUGAAGCAGACGUUGCGGUCUCUGGGUUCUGUAUUGCAGUAUGGUUCCGAAAGCGACAGUGUUCCCAUCACGCUUUUACAUCUGUCAUUCCGUGACUUUCUAUUGAACAACCAGAGAUGCACUGAUCAGCAGUUCCACAUAGCUAGCGGCGAUGCACACGCGCAUCUUGCGGCGAGCUGUCUCGAUUUGAUGUCAAGACGUCUUAAGCAGGAUAUAUGUUCUCUAAAACUUCCGGGUAGCCUCACAAUCGAAGUGGAUCGUUCUGCGGUAAAUCAUUUCCUUCCCCAAGAGGUUCAAUAUGCGUGCCGGUUUUGGUUCGAUCAUCUCCAGCAAAGUAACGUCGAACUCCGUGACGGCGAUUCCAAAUCACUGCAUAAGCUAGUCCACAAUUUUCUGAACGAAAACUUCCUCCAUUGGCUCGAGGCUCUUAGCCUAAUGGGAAAUAUCUCCAACGGAAUUCUCAUUGUCCGCACUUUGGCUUCCAUGCUGCCGUCCGACGCCGAUUAUCAUCUACGUGCAAUGGCUAGUGAUGCGGUGCGCUUCGUGCUCACUUUCGGAUCGAUCAUCGCGAUCGCACCUCUGCAAGUAUAUUGCUCUGCUCUGACGCUCAGCCCAAAGAAAAGCACACUCAAGGAACAUUAUUCGAAUUGUGUCCCCGCCUGGAUCACACAACAGCCAAUGGUUCCCAACGUUUGGGACCCGACAGCGUUGCAAGUGCUCUGUGGUCAUUCGGACGGGGUCGGCGCAGUGGCUUUCUCGCCUGAUGGCAGGCUCAUCGCAUCGGGGUCGCGCGACAAAACCGUCCGGCUCUGGGAUCCAGUGACGGGGACCUGUUGUGGCACUCUUGAGGGCCAUUCGGACUGGGUCAACGCAGUAGCUUUCUCGCCUGAUAGCAGGCUCAUCGCAUCGGGGUCGGACGACAAAACCGUCCGGCUCUGGGAUCCAGUGACGGGGACCUGUUGUGGCACUCUUGAGGGCCAUUCGAGCUGGGUCAACGAAGUGGCUUUCUCGCCUGAUGGCAGGCUCAUCGCAUCGGGGUCGUUGGACAAAACCGUCCGGCUCUGGGAUCCAGUGACGGGGACCUGUUGUGGCACUCUUGAGGGCCAUUCGGGCAGUGUCACCGCAGUGGCUUUCUCGCCUGAUGGCAGGCUCAUCGCAUCGGGGUCGUUGGACAAAACCGUCCGGCUCUGGGAUCCAGUGACGGGGACCUGUUGUGGCACUCUUGAGGGCCAUUCGGGCAGUGUCAACGAAGUGGCUUUCUCGCCUGAUGGCAGGCUCAUCGCAUCGGGGUCGUUGGACAAAACCGUCCGGCUCUGGGAUCCAGUGACGGGGACCUGUUGUGGCACUCUUGAGGGCCAUUCGGGCAGUGUCACCGCAGUGGCUUUCUCGCCUGAUGGCAGGCUCAUCGCAUCGGGGUCGUUGGACAAAACCGUCCGGCUCUGGGAUCCAGUGACGGGGACCUGUUGUGGCACUCUUGAGGGCCAUUCGGACUGGGUCAACGCAGUGGCUUUCUCGCCUGAUGGCAGGCUCAUCGCAUCGGGGUCGUUGGACAAAACCGUCCGGCUCUGGGAUCCAGUGACGGGGACCUGUUGUGGCACUCUUGAGGGCCAUUCGAGCUGGGUCAACGAAGUGGCUUUCUCGCCUGAUGGCAGGCUCAUCGCAUCGUGGUCGUUGGACAAAACCGUCCGGCUCUGGGAUCCAGUGACGGGGACCUGUUGUGGCACUCUUGAGGGCCAUUCGGGCAGUGUCACCGCAGUGGCUUUCUCGCCUGAUGGCAGGCUCAUCGCAUCGGGGUCGUUGGACAAAACCGUCCGGCUCUGGGAUCCAGUCACGGGGACCUGUUGUGGCACUCUUGAGGGCCAUUCGGACUGGGUCAACGCAGUAGCUUUCUCGCCUGAUAGCAGGCUCAUCGCAUCGGGGUCGGACGACAAAACCGUCCGGCUCUGGGAUCCAGUGACGGGGACCUGUUGUGGCACUCUUGAGGGCCAUUCGAGCUGGGUCAACGAAGUGGCUUUCUCGCCUGAUGGCAGGCUCAUCGCAUCGGGGUCGUUGGACAAAACCGUCCGGCUCUGGGAUCCAGUGACGGGGACCUGUUGUGGCACUCUUGAGGGCCAUUCGGGCAGUGUCACCGCAGUGGCUUUCUCGCCUGAUGGCAGGCUCAUCGCAUCGGGGUCGUUGGACAAAACCGUCCGGCUCUGGGAUCCAGUGACGGGGACCUGUUGUGGCACUCUUGAGGGCCAUUCGGACUGGGUCAACGCAGUAGCUUUCUCGCCGGAUGGCACGGUGCUGCAAUUAAUAUCAUACGACGGAACCGUCCAGCUCAGGGAUGUUGAUACGCAUGAUGUAAUCCAGGCAGUCAAUGCAGGGGGAAACCCUUACACAAUGGCUUUGUUUUAUGUCAGUAAUGGCUGGAUUUUCCUAGGAGCACGUAGGAUAUUUUUACUCCCCCCUAAUUACCAAACUCGCUGUUUUGCCGUGCGAAACAACACCAUCGCCCUCGGAGGUGUCUCCGGUAUCGUUUCAUUCUUGAAAUUUGAUUCUGCCUCUGUUCCAAUCGGGUGA